UUGAAAAGCUUGAUGGCAGGUUACGCCGUCGUGAAGUUAUGGUAAACUAAGGGAGGCUUUCAUUUUACACCUGUCAUCGGUAUUGGCUCAAUCGUGGACCAUUGCCAAACAAUUUUAUUUGACAUUAUAGUCUAAGCCUUUUUACUUAAAUUUACAUCAUUUAGUCCGAAAUGCAUAAAAGAAUGUAUAGCGAGCAUCGUGAACUACUAACAGCUCUAAAUCAAUUCGCUAAUAUACGUUACGUGGCGUACCGAACAGCCGCAAAACUAAAAUUUAUUCAAUCGCAAACCAAGUUGGAUUGCAUCAAGCUCACGCAAAUCUAUCGAGUCAUAGAUGAGUUUGGCUUGAGAUCAUCUGAAAAAGAUCUUAUACUCACGAUGAGUGAAAUUAGACAGUUGGUUUUCAACAUCUACUUACAUGCACAGAAAUCUCAGUUGGUUCACCUGGACUACAAAAUCUCAUCCAGCAUUGUUUUGGACUUGAUUGGUGAAACUUUUGACAGAUCCUGUAGAAGAAAAGGAUGCACUCUCCUGGAAUUCUUGGUAUUUUUCACCAUACUUUGUGGAGAAACUACUCUUGGGGAGAAAUACAGAAGGCUACUACAACUAGUUUCAGACCAUAACAGCUGCAUUCAGAGACGCAGCCUUGCUUUGCUGCUCAAAUCUAUUGCAAGUCUUCCCCACUUGGUUAAUGAAGCACCUGCCUUUGGGCAUUGGACUGUACUAGCUGCUGUCCAACAGUGUUUUGAACAGUGUGAAAGUCCUGUUGGACUGCCGGAGGAUGUUGUCUUUGGUUGGAUGGUCCGUGAACCUCAGUCAAUUGUAUGGUGGUCUACACUCUAUAGAAUCAAUGCUUCAAAUAAAGUAAUUCAUCCAGUCCGUUGCUCAGUUUGCAAUAUUCAGUCCAUCCAAGGCUUACGGUACCAAUGUUUGCAAUGCUUGUCCUAUAACCAAUGCCAGCAGUGUUUCUGGCUAGGAUUGAUAAGUAAGAAUCACAAAGUGACGCAUCAAAUGCAAGAGUACUGCGCGAAGACUACAUCUAAAGAGGCUACUCAGGCACUUUGGAAAAAGAUGAGUAACUGGUUAACUUUGAAAAAGAACCGUUCACCUUCUGCUCGCUACCUUCCGUUAGAGAAAGGCCAUCAAUUUAAAUCCUCAGAAAUAUCACUUUUCAGUGAGCCAAGUAGUAUGGACAGUCAAGCCACCGUUACGGAAAAUACGGUCACCUAUCAGUUGGGGCAUCAGCCAAGAGAAAUAGCCAGCGUAGUUGGCCACUUAAUGGAAGAAAAAGGAAAACUAGAAUGUGUCGUACAGCAGAGCGAUUACGCAAAUAGUUUAGGUCCAGUCGUGAAAGAACAUUGUGAUCAACUGGAAUUACAACUACGCCGACUUCGCCAGUUGGUCGCCCAGAAAGACGCUACCAAAGAAAACGUUCCGCCCCAAGUAACUCGUGUUCUUACUCGCCUCGAAAGCACCCCAUUGUUACCCAGUCAGCAACGGAAAAAUGACCUUGAACAGCUCAGCUUUAGCCCUAUUGACGAACCAAAAAGCGUUAUUCAGCGUUCCUCGCGCGAAAGACAAAGCUUGCGUACUUCUACGGUUAAGGCAAAUAUUGUCACCAAUGGAACUUUGAAUUAUUGCACUCCUCGCUUACAGAGAAAGAUGAAAGACAACAGUAGCAGCACUGGAAACUAUAACGAAACGGUAGUGAGCAUUCCACGCUUUACUACCGAAUUUACUCUCCGCGAUUUGAGCCGGAAUCUCCAGCAACCUGCGGCUCCUAGUAGUCUAGCGCAAUCUCCAACAACUAUCGAUUCAGCGCUAAAUGCCGAAUUAGAAGAAAUAUUAGCCCAACUUGAUCAACUUUUCCCGACACAGCCGUUGAACGAUUUACCUUGUACUACCGCCACUCCCGGUGGAACAGUACAUCCCGCAUCUGAAAAUGCAACACUGGUUAAAGCUACUAACCAAGUAGCUGGAGUCUUGGCAGAGUUUAUUGAUGGCUUUAACGAAUGAAUUGCGCUUAUUGUACACGUACUUGGAUGUUCGCGAAAAUUCGUGUUUUAUGACCACAUUUGGGUUAAAAGUUUCAUUUAUGCCUUAAAGUGCCUUACUGCAUCCUGCCAAAUUAUUUUGAACCAUGACAAUCGUGAGCCUGUGACA